AAUAUUAUCCUUCAAAACAAACGCAUUUAUAAUCAAUAACUAUUUUAUUGCUAUCAAUACAUGAUGUACAUUUAGUCGCUUAAUCUAUACAAGUUGAACAAGGCGCUGUACAAGGUAAACAUUAAGAAUUAUACAAAUAUCCUGUAGUGCAAGAGGUGCAAUUAGAUUCUGUUGUUUAACAAUUUCCACAUGAGGCAUGACAUUCAGAACAAUAAUUUCCAAUUAAAUAAUAAUGAUCAUUACAGAUAUUGCAUAUAUAAAAUGCAUUACAUUACUUACACUAUGAAGAACAAGAUUCACAUAUAUCAUGAGGAAUAGGAUGAUUAUCAUAAUCUGUAGUUUUAUAUCUACCAUCAUAACAAGUUGUGCAUUAAUAUGUAGACUCACAUAUUUUACAAUUAUCUAAGCAAUUAAUGCAGGUUCCUGAUGAUUCAAAUUGUCCAUCGCUACAACUCUGAGUUACUAAAAGAUAUAUUGAAUUAAAUAUUACAAGAAGCCAUCAGCAGGAUGAAUAUAAUAUACUUUAUAGAUCCUAAGGACAUAAUUGACAGUCUUAAUAUGAAAAAUAAUUAAAUGGAUUCUCAAAUACGUAAUUGA